CUCCCAGAGGCCAGAGAAGGCGUCAGAAAGGUCAUCAUUGUGCUCACAGACGGCAACUCUCAGCAACCGGAUGUGACGAAAGCGGAAGCCCACAAAGCUCUGGAGGCUGGGCUUGAAGUUUUCGCCAUUGGUGUGGGCCAUGCCGUCAGCGAAGAAGAACUUCACAACAUUGCCAGUGACAGCAACGCUUACGACGACGAGAAGGACACCCUAGACGCCAUUCUCAACCUCAAGUGGGAACACGGCACACGUACCGAGACUGGGCUGGGCAUUGACUACAUGGUUGACCAUUUCCUGCCCCAUACCCGGGAGCACGCCGCUCACAUUGGUAUCGUCAUCACCGACGGGGAGUCACAAGAACCUGACAAAACUGCCACGGCUGCCCAGAGAGCACGUGAUGCUGGAGCCAUCAUGUUUGCAGUUGGUGUAGGCAAACUGAACAGCCACGCCCACGGCACUCUGGAUGAGGCAGAGCUCAACUCUAUCGCCGGAGACCCCAGCCAUGUACUGCUGGCAGAGGACUACUCCAAACUGGACUCCAUCAGGGAAGAACUUCUGCACAUCACAUGUUCGGGCAUCACCACCCGCCUUGAAGCGAAAGGCAAUGCCAAAUAAAUAAGCCAAGGUAAACGUUCAAAAGAUCCAAGGACAAAGAAACAGAAGGGGUCGUGAGAGCUGUGACAUGUAAAUGUUGUCGUCUGCUUUGCUCUACUGCGUUUAGAGAAAUUGCUACCAUGUAUUGACUCAGUGGGAUCUGGAAUAAAAAGCAAAGUUGAAUACCC